AAUAUCAAUUGUGCCUUCUUUUAUUUUUCCUUUUUCAGAUUCCAUAACUCUUUUCUUGAAUUUGGAGUCAUCCAAACUGCUUGCUUUUCUUCUUAUUCCCAUAAUUACCGAUUCUUGAUUUGAUCUUCGUUUAAUUUAAGCAAAACCCUAGUAUUUUCUAGCUGAAUUAUCGGGAAUUUGGAAGGAAUUGAAUCAGGGAAAAAAGAAAAAAUUCAAUUGAAGAUCAGUUAGUUAGAGAUGGCAAUAGCUGCACCAGAACAGCUUAAUCUUACGGAAGCUCCAACUUGGGGGUCUAGAACCGUUGAUUGUUUCGAGAAAUUGGAGCAGAUUGGUGAAGGCACUUAUGGUCAAGUGUACAUGGCAAAAGAAAUUAGAACAGGGGAAAUUGUUGCUUUGAAAAAGAUACGCAUGGACAACGAAAGAGAAGGGUUUCCAAUAACUGCUAUACGUGAGAUUAAAAUCUUAAAGAAGCUGCACCAUGAAAAUGUCAUUGACCUGAAAGAGAUUGUAACAUCUCCAGGUCGUGAGAAGGAUGACCAAGGGAGGCCAGGCAAGUGUUUCUUAAUUUAAUUUUAUAAACAUAUGACUUUAUUUGCAGAUGGUAACAAAUAUAAAGGCGGAAUCUACAUGGUCUUUGAGUACAUGGACCAUGAUUUGACUGGGCUUGCUGAUCGUCCUGGAAUGAGAUUUUCAGUUCCGCAGAUUAAGUGUUACAUGAGGCAGCUUUUGACGGGACUGCACUAUUGUCAUGUAAAUCAAGUACUUCAUCGUGAUAUUAAAGGUUCCAAUCUUCUGAUUGACAACAAAGGCAAUUUGAAGCUUGCUGAUUUUGGGCUUGCUCGAUCCUUCUCAAAUGAUCAAAAUGCAAAUCUUACAAAUCGUGUGAUUACUUUAUGGUACAGACCACCUGAGCUGCUUCUUGGGACCACAAAGUAUGGUCCAGCCGUUGAUAUGUGGUCCGUUGGUUGCAUCUUUGCUGAGCUGCUUCAUGGAAAACCAAUUUUUCCAGGGAAGGAUGAGCCAGAGCAGCUGAACAAGAUUUUUGAGUUGUGUGGCUCUCCUGACGAGGUUAAUUGGCCUGGAGUUUCCAAGAUUCCAUGGUAUAACAAUUUCAAACCAUCAAGGCCAUUGAAAAGACGUCUAAGGGAGGCUUUCAGACACUUUGACCGACAUGCCUUGGAGUUGCUUGACAAGAUGCUGAGCCUUGACCCAUCUCAGAGAAUAUCAGCCAAGGAUGCACUUGAUGCCGAGUAUUUCUGGACUGAUCCAUUACCAUGCGAUCCAAAGAGUUUGCCAACCUAUGAAGCUUCACAUGAGUUCCAGACAAAGAAAAAGCGACAGCAGCAGAGGCAGCACGAGGAAGCAGCUAAACGUCAGAAACUGCAUCACCAGCAGCAGCAUGGUCGGCUUCCACCAGUUCAGCAGUCAGGGCAAGGACAUACUCAAAUAAGACCAGGGCCAAAUCCCCCAAUGCAUGCAUCCCAUCCUCAGGUUGCUGGCGGACCUAGCCACCACUAUGCAAAGCCACAUGGACCUCCAGCAGGACCGGGCAGAUAUCCAGCUGGUGGAAAUCCUUCUGGAGGAUACGGUCACCCUACUCGUGGCCAAGGUGGAGCUUAUGGCAGUGGUCGAUACCCACCUCAAGGAAGGGGUACCCAAUACAGUUCAGGAGGAAUACCAGGAAGCAGUGGUCCCCGGGGAGUUGGAGGCCCAAAUUAUCCCCACGGUGCCCCAUAUGGGUCUUCUGGCACUGGACGUGGCUCAAAUGUGAAUCGCAAUCAACAACAAUACAACUGGCAGCAGUAAUGCUUCAUUCCUGCUACCAAUAUGGUAAGCAAAAUGUGCAAACUAUGUGAAAUAUAAAGAAGUGAACUGUGGAUUGGAAUAUCGCGCACUUCAUUGAUUUUCUAAUCCACCUCAUGCAUCGCAAGAGAAGGGAGGCAGUGUGUGGGAGGGCAUCUAACAAACCUGUUUAUACGGAAGUUGUCACACUGAAGGUUACGUAAAAUAUGUAUCUUAUGUUCUAUGGACAUUGUCUUGUUUUGUCUAUUCCACGUCCAAAAUUUAUUUGUGAACAGAACAACCAUAAAUUUAUCCUCCUCUGCUAAGGAGCACUUAUUUCAUCCAUUUGUGGUGAAUAUUUUUUGUUUGAAUACUGAAGUUCAACUUUUAUGAAUCGUAAAUUGAGAUCCAAAUGUGUAACAGCUUUUUUAUUUUUGUGAGCUGAAUAAUUGGAAA